GGGGGAGCUAACCAACUCCAACCAGCUCUCAGUCCACCUCAAGCCAACAUGAUGCUCCAGUGCUCUCUGAUUGGUGUAUGCUGGAUCCUCUCUCUCCUGCCAGAUGUCCUGGGCGCCAGCUACCUCCACAGUCUCCCCACAUACGAUGGGUGUGCGUGGGCAGACAGUGAGCUGAGUGUGACUGUGCUGGAGGCGGAGCCUGUCCUGCUUCACUGCUGGGACUUUGACAGACUGAUCCUGGGCUAUGACCUCACCGCCGCCAACGGAUACACAUUCCACAUCGCCCGCGGCAACCACGACAGCCCAGUCGCCCUCGGUGACGAGGGCAGGGUCAGGCCAGAGAAGCGGAGUCUUUGGCUCCUCCCAUCACAGCCAUCAGAUUCCGGAACCUACACCUGUGUAGUGAGCGUCCACCCGGCAGGAAAAGCCGAUAUGGAGAUGAUGUCAUAUCUGGUGGACCCAGUGAUGCCAGGAAAUGAUGUCAUCAUCCCCUGCCCCACUGACCCUUACAACAUAACUGGAACCCCACACUGGUAUAAAGCAGUGUUUUAUGAGCUUGUUUUGUUUCAGGGCCAGAGUGGUGCAGUCCUCCCUGUAGGUAGGGGGCGCUAUCUCCCUCGGUGGGGCGGGUCUCUUCUCAUCAAGCGAUUCUCUGCGGCGGACUCUGGCUUCUACACGUGCAGCGCCACCGUCAGGGUCUUCAGCGCCCUCUACAUCGUCACACGCACCUCCAGAGUCCACUCCACUGGACAAGCUGCUCCCACCUUCCAACCUGCCACCCUCAGUGCCAGCACACACACUCCAGAGAUUGUAGAUGGGUAUGCACAUAUUCUCUCUCCUACAAACAACUCUGUGAUUAAGAGUCACUUUGGUUCCAGCCUAGUGAUUCGCUGCACAGUGGCGACUGGGAGCCAAUUAGCGGACUCCACUCUGGUCACAUGGUUGAUAGAUGGCCAAUCAGUGGAAGAGUCCUCACUGGCACUCCGCGCAUUCCAGAAAGGGAGGAGGGUAACGGACGGCCAGGUGGAGGCGGACCUCGUCAUCCUGGAGGUGAGGGCGGAGGACUCGGGGGUGGAGUUUAGAUGUGUCACUCAAAACUCAGCAGGAAGUGAAGAAGUGCUUGUCCAUAUUGAGAUGGAAGGUGAGUAUUGUGUGUGUAGUACCUAUCCAGGUGUCACACGCUCAGAGUACCUAUCCAGGUGUUACACGCUCAGAGUACCUAUCCAGGUGUUACACGCUCAGAGUACCUAUCCAGGUGUUACACGCUCAGAGUACCUAUCCAGGUGUUACACGCUCAGAGUACCUAUCCAGGUGUCACACGCUCAGAAUGAGUGGUGGGUGUGGUUGGUGGUGUGUGUGUCCUGUUCCUGCUGCUUCGUGUGUGUGGUGUGUGUGUUCCUCUACCAGCUCCUGCGGCCACGGAAGCUCAAACAGAACGACUACUUCCUGGCUCGCCAAGACAGUGUGUUUUAAACACACACACACACACACACACACAUAUAUAUACACACACACACACAUGU